CUAGGAAACACUUAAAGUAGCAGCAGGAGUUCUUCUGUCACUCAACGCACAUACUCAGAACUCAAAACAAGCAUGUUUUCAUUUUGGAGAACCCUUAAACUACCAGGCGUGUCCAGAGGGACUGCAGCGGACUUAUUCUUUCUACCUCGUCCAACUUCGUCUCUCUGCAGCGACAGACGACGUCUGAGCAGACCCUCCAGCAGAAAGUGCUCGGGGAAACGGUACAAUGUGCCGCCGAGCGCCGAGUUUGUUGCCCGGGUGUCGGGGAUCCCCACCAUGGCCAAGUUACCUUUCCAGGAGACGGCGGACGGGCUAGACGCGGCGUUUAUCGGGGUCCCAAUUGACACCGGGACCUCCAACCGACCCGGAGCAAGGUUUGGUCCCCGGCAGAUCCGAGUGGAAUCUGCCAUGUUGAGAUCUUACAACAGCGGCACCAGGGCAGCGCCUUACGAGUCCCUCAUGGUGGCUGACAUUGGGGACGUCAACGUCAAUGUGUAUGACCUGAAGGACACCUGCAAACGCAUCAGGGAGGCCUACAGAAAGAUCCUGGCUACUGGCUGUAUUCCUCUGACUAUGGGUGGCGAUCACACAAUUGCAUAUCCAAUCCUGCAAGCUGUUGCUGAGAAGCAUGGCCCAGUGGGACUGAUCCACGUGGAUGCUCAUGCUGACACCAGUGAUGUGGUCUUGGGGGAGAAGAUUGGACAUGGGACUCCAUUCAGACGUUGUGUGGAGGAAGGGCUACUGGACUGCAAGAGGGUGGUUCAGAUCGGGCUGCGUGGUUCAGGCUACUCUGCAGAUUCAUAUGAAUGGAGCCGGGCGCAGGGUUUCCGUGUGGUACAAGCAGAAGAGUGUUGGUUCAAAUCUCUUGCCCCUGUGAUGGCUGAGGUCAGAGACCAGAUGGGCGGCGGUGCAGUGUACCUCAGCUUCGACAUCGACGCUCUUGACCCAGGCUUUGCCCCGGGAACAGGCACCCCAGAGAUAGCAGGGCUUACUCCCAUACAGGGACUUGAGAUUAUUCGGGGCUGUCGUGGUCUAAACCUUGUUGGAUGUGAUCUGGUGGAGGUGUCUCCACCCUACGACACCACAGGGAACACUGCACUGACUGGUGCCAACCUCCUUUUUGAAAUGUUGUGCGUCCUCCCAAAAAUGAAAUACUACUGAUUAUUACAGACUCCACACACACACACACACACACACACACACACACACACCAACCAGCUAGUUUGUUCAUAAUAAUCAGUUAAGCAGGCUGCCCCGCUGACCUAAGAAAGGCAAAUGACCCAAAAUAUGUAAUUUAAAGUUUGAAUCAAUAAACAUAUUGCAUUUCAUUACAAGCAUCAAGAUAAAUGCACCAUUGAAGACCAUUUGAAACUCAACUGUAGCACACAUCAUGUAAACUGUAAAACCCAUGUAUUCUCAUCUUUCAAGCUGCAGACUUGGUUACAUGAAAUAAUAAUCUUAGAUCCAAUAGAUGGCAUGGUUAUGUAAUGUAUAACACAAUACCAAUAACAUUAUAUUUACUACUUUUUACAGACAGAACAAAUAAAAUGAAUCAAGCACACGGUAAGAUUGCUUUCAUGUGUCAUGUCCCUCUAUUCUAUUCUAUCAUAUUAAGACAUUAAGAACUUGAAAUGCCUGUUAUGUUUGCUACCUAUAGGCUAGAGACUGUAGCAACCAUUUCUAAAUAACACGGUGCAUCUGGCAGUCAUUGGACAUAGAUGACUCUACCUGCGGUAGUCACUGCACUCUCCUGGUUCUGCAUGUGUGGUGCUGCUGCAGGUGGGACUCAGGCAAAUCUCAGAACUUCUCAGUAUUGGCCUUUGUAACUUGUGCAAAAUGCGGAUGCUCACUUUUACAUUGAACUGUGCACACAUCACUCCCGUUCUCUACACCCUACACUGGCUCCCUGUGUGUUUUUAGAAUUGAUUUUAUAGUUUGUUUUCCAGGCCUUAAACAGUCUGCCUCCUGAGUAUUUGCCUGAGAUUUUAACCCUGCGUGAGCUCAACCGGUCUUUGCAGUCUUAAAAUUAACUGGUUUUAGACAGAGGCAGACUUACCAAUAGGCAAAGGUAGGCAAUUGCCUUAGGCCUCAAGCUACCAAGGGCCCCGUAAAACGUCUCAUGAAGUUAUUUUUACGAUUUGUUGUCUUACUUUUCACCAAUCAAUUAUAUCUGUAAACAUUGAUACGCUAAAGUGCUAUCCGAUUGUUUAAUUCAUGAUGAGAAACUUCCCCCAGUCCCCACUACAUUGGACUAUUCCAUUAUCCUACUGCGCAUCAGCGAAAGAUAGUGACACACAUAAUACUCAGCAACUAGACCCCGUGAGUAGCAGUCACCCUAAUCAAUGUGUUAUGAUGGGAGAUGAUCCAGCACUCUGGCUCUGUCUGUGAGACAGAGAGCACGUCUUUCUCAGAUAAAUAAGGAUUGAAAAGGGGGAGAACACGGGUUGUGGAGGACCCCAUGCCUGUGUUUGCCUUAGGCCUCAAAAUGAUUAAAUCCGCCCCUGGUUUUAGAAGUCCCAAGGUCCAAGUAUAAACGGUGGGGGGGUCAGGCUUUGCAGUUGCUGCCCCAAGACUCUGGAACAAGUUCCCCCUUGAUAUCCAUACUAUUACAGAUGUAGUUCUUCUAGGUUCAAACUCAAAACCAAUUUGUUUAGAAUGGCUUUUAAUACGUAGUAGUGGUGUGACAUGAUACCUUUCCUCCU